AUGGACCGCAACACCACCAUGACCGACAGCAUCGAUUGGGACUCCAUCUCCUUCUCCAAUGGCGCCGGCGCACAGCUGGACGAUCUCCAGUUCUCCGACUCGCCCUACACGAACCAAAGUGCCUUCGAUCAGUUCACCAACAUGGACGCAUACGCAGCGAACUCGCCCAUGCCGCUGAGCUCCAAAGCAGCACCCGACACCGCAGCCGGCGCGCACGCGCACGCGCAUUCAGAGAACUCGAGCCAAGACUCAUCGUCGGAUACAUCGAGCAGGCGCAAGAGGAAGACAGAGAGCGAGAGUCCCAUCUCAGAUCCGGUGACCGAAAUCGGCAACAGGGAUGCUCAGAUCAAGCAGGAGGACAUGAAGAUGCAGCUGCCCGACAUCUCGCAGGUCCGAAGCUUCGAUCCUCCAUUUCAGCCCAUGAAUCAGCUCAGCCUCGGUCAUGGAGACGGCAGCAUGUUCAACAGCGCGGCGUCGAGCCCGGUCCAGCGAACCGACUACGACACCAUGUCACUGGACGCGCACGUCAAUAUGCCGCGGGCGAAUGUCGCUGCGCAGUUCGAGAACUCCCCCGUUGAGACGAUCAACCCAGGCAUGUUCACCAUAGGAGGCUCACGCGACCAGUCGCCAGCCACGAACACCAUGAUGUUUAGCCAGGCGUCACCUAAUGCCAUCUUCUCUACGCCAUCGUCGGACAGCCAGGGCCUCGCCAAUCACCCCAACUGGAACCCUUCACUUGCACAGAAUCCCAAUUGGCCGGGCGACUUCAACAGUAGCCUGGCUUCACCUGGCGCCAUCGCUUUCACCCCGUCACCAGGUGCUAAUGGUACUCCAGCAGCCCCAGCUCGCGGUACAGGAGCGCGUCCGGGCAGAUCUCCGUUACAUAUUGCACCAAUCUCAACCAAAUCUAGAGUCGAAACACAGAUCAAUGUAGUCAUGACGCUCGAGAAACCUCCUCCCGGCGUCGAGAAUCUGCAUCUGCCAUUGCAUACUAUAGCCAAAUCAAAGCUCCUGGCCAAGGAGGAAUACGAUGGAUCGAAAGUCCUGGAGUUACACACUAUGCUUGUGUGCAGUAGUGCCAUGCACAACGCAGAAGUCAGGCAGAAAGCUUUGCAAAUGGCGGCGUCAGCAUCGAACGAAGAGAUUCAGAGACGAGCAGAGCUAGCAAGAGAAUCGAGCGACGAGGAAAAGAAUGACCCUAAGAACGUGGAAGAGGCUGACAAGCCUGCAAAUGGUGGAGAAGUUAGGAUAUGCAGUAACUGUAUACAACGCGAGAGGAAGCGAGCUGGCAGGAAGAAGACGAAAAGAGAAGAGGAACAACAGCAUUGGGAGCGAUAUGAGACGGAACGAGUCGUGGUGUUCAACUCGAACGAAUACCUGCCAUUCAAGCCAUACGAGGGAGCACAGCAGCCGCUGCGAGACGGGAUGGACAGCGAACAGUAUAUCCCGCCGGAAGGAUCGCUUCAAGUGACUGCAGCAAUGCGAAUCGCGUGUUACUGCAGGCAUCAGAGCGAAAAGGAGGGCUUUCAGGUCAUCUUCACCCUGAAGGAUCAGCAGGGACAUGUCGUUGCACAGCAGAUGUCCGACUCCAUCCUCAUCACAGACGAUCACAAGACGCAUCCACAGAGCUUCUCCACCGCCGUGCCAGGCGAAGGAUUCUACCAAAACGCGGCGUUCUUACCAAACGGGCUGCCGAUGUCCCAUUCCAUGGUUGAUAUGACACAGCACGUUCCGCAAUUCACGGCCUCCAGGUCAGCAGGCAAUCUGCAAGCACUUGCCUAUCCCGCAGGCUAUAAUCCACACAGCCACGUACACCAGCUUCCUGGUUCGGGUUACAAUUCGCAGACCACGUCAGCAACGAUGACUCCGACAAGUCUUUCAAGACCUGGAUCUCCCACGAGCGCGGGUCAAGCAGGCCCGAACAAGAAGAGGAAGUCAUCGACCUUCCAUCGUAAAGUGCCAAGCGGAUUGACGAUGACCCCCAGAGUUGACACGAGUCAGCCACCAUCUUCGAAUAUGCCUUCCGCGAUAUCGAUGGGCUCGCAGUUCUCGCCAUCAAAUGGAGGCUUCCCGAACCAGAUGAAUCAAUCCUACAUGACGAUACCGAAUAACAACGGGCCAGCACAGUAUUACAACAGCGGACCACCGACGCCCAACGAGAGUGGUCCGUUCAACUUCAGUCAACCUGAGGUAGAUUUGUCUCAGAUACCCGCAAACCAGGCGUACUUCUCCCAUCCAUCCUCUGCCGUGCCUAGCAGAUCGAACUCUCCUGUCAUGAACUCCCGAGGCAACAUGGCAGCAUACGCUCGACAACAGCCCAUUCAAACCCCCACAAACAGCAUAAACCCUCGUCCCCAGACUAUAUUUGUUGGCCAAGCUCGACCAGAUCAAGGAAGCCCAGCACCACUCCCACAAGUGUCAAGGACCAUACCUAGUGAAGGACCGGUAGCUGGUGGCAACGAAGUCGCUAUCCUCGGAGAAGGAUUCGUUCCAGGCAUGCAGGUCGCUUUUGGUGAUCAAAUUGCUCAGACUUCGUUCCUGUCGCCCACAGGCUUAAGCGCUAUGGCGCCUCCGAAUCGUCAGGGAUCCGUCUUCGUCACUGUGGUGGCACCGAAUGGUCAGCCUCGCUAUCCUGAGCAGUUCAAUAAGCCAGUGUACAAGUACACGCAGAGCAACGAAGAUGUCAUGGUCAUGGCCCUGAAGCAACUCUCGGAGCAGCAAUACGGUCAGUCUGAGGCGUGGCAGACGUUUGCUCAGCAGAAUGCCGCUACCUAUAUGCAGCAGAGGGUGGGCCGCGCCGACACUGGUUUCCAGCAGGGCUACUCAGCUCAUCAUCGAGGGAUCGCGAUCAAUGAUACCAGGCAAACUCAAGACCGUGGUUCGAGUGAUAAUAGGGCAGCUUCUCGGCAGCAUUCUAGACGCGCAGAAACAUUGACGUGGCGCGUUUCGCUGGCCACACCUAAAUGUAGCUCUUGCGAGAGUGCUCCGUUGCGUACAUCGCGUGUCCAGUCACAAGUCCGUCCGACUGGAUCGCGAGUCUUCGGCUCUUUGGAUCUCGCGAAGGCAUCGGGAAUUCCGUCUCUUGCAGCACAGCAGACAGCAAGCCAUGUCUCGGUCAGACCGUCAGCCUCCACCGAGGAGUCGGCGCCGGUACCGAUGAUCACCCCAUCGCAAGAGCAGUCUCUUUGGCCAGAAUGUGUGGAAACAGAGCCCGAGCAUGCAGUCGUAGUGGCUGAUGAGAAGCUUGCCGCGAUGUCCGACCAGCUGAGCGGCGUUGCCUUAAGCGCGCCGAACAAGACCGAAUCUGAAGAUCCGCCUUUGUGGCUCUGGAUGCCACUCUUCGCCAUAACCUCGUCGAUUGUGCUACGAGCGGGAAUGCAACAUGUCUCGCAGCAGAAAAUUAACACUCUCGAGACCAGUCGCCCAGCCCUGGAGAUGACUGCUUAA